GCGCACCGGUCAAAGCCUUCCGAUGGGGAGGGGCCGCGCUGAAGGCCCGGGUCGGGCCGGCGAGGACGGCGACGGGAGGCGCCAUGGCUCUGCCGGGUGGAAAUAAGGAUAACAUCAGAGCAGGAUGCAAGAAGUGUGGCUACCCUGGUCAUCUGACAUUUGAAUGUCGAAACUUCCUCCGAGUAGAUCCUCAAAGAGAUAUUGUUUUGGAUGUUAGCAGCACUAGCAGUGAAGACAGUGAGGAAGAAGAACUACAGAGAUUGCAAGCCAUGCGUGAAAAAAAGAAUUUCAAUGAGGAGGAAGAAAAAAAGAAAGAAAAAAGAAGAAGCAGGGAAAAAACAAAAUUAAAGAGACCAAGGAAAAGAUCUUCCUCAUCAAGUGCAGCUGAAGAGGAUGUGCCAAAGUCAAAAAAACAAAAAUCACACAAAAAAGAAAGGGAAAAGGAAAAAAGGAAUAAAUCUAAGAAAGGAAAACAUCAUAAAAAGGAGAAAAAGAAGAGGCAAAAGGAAAAAAGUUCAUCUUCUGAUAGUUCAGACAGUUCUAGUAGCGACUGAGGUGCUGGCCUAUUUUUGCAUUCACUUCUGCAGAGAAUAUGAUCUUCCUCUCAAAUCAGAUUUAUUUAUGCUUUGCAAUGCUGUUAUUUUAAAAUGAGAUAUAUAUAUUUUUAAGAAAUCUAUUUGCAAAUAUCGGUGCUUCAAAUUAUUAAAUGGACCAUUUGAGAAAAAAAUCCGCUCUUCUAUUUCAAGUUUCUUAGUACACAACUUAACUGGUUCUUCACUGUUAUUCUUAGUUCGGUUGUGAUUAGGUGUGUGUGGAAUCCUUUACACUAGGCUAUGGUAAACUUCAGUUUGCAAGUGUUUGUGUAGAAAGAUUUGGACUUCAGCAUGCUUAAUGUCAGAAUGGUUAAAUUAAAUUUGGAAAUUCAAGUAAGAUUUUCUAUUAUGUUAUCCUUUAAAUUUAUGUUAUGCAUAACUUUUUCUACUUACAUACAUUAAUCAGUAAGUGCAAAUAUGAAAUAGUGUUUGGGUCCAGAGAAGGGAAAGAAUGGGCAAUGAGAAGCUAAAAGAGAUUGCUCCUUCAAAAUUAUCUUCUAAAAUUGAUACAGUCAUAGACUGUCAAACACAAUUACACAUUGUUUUGGUAGGAUCACUGUGAGCAAGCUGAAAACAAACAAAAGCAAACAGAAGUUAGUAAUUUUUCUAAGUCUGUCCUUUCUGCCUAGGUUUUUUCCUUUUACAAUUUUGGCCAUUUCAUCUUUGACAUAGAUAUAAAGGACCACUUCCUAACUGUCCAGCAAGAUCGUUUACAAAGUUUUAAGAACCAUGUUAAUACAGUAUGUGGUGAUUACUGCCUACAUGAACCAAAACAGGAAAUUCAGAGACUUGCAGUUGACAAGAAUCAUGAAGCCUCCAUUCAUUCUAAUAAAACUCUCAUUGAAAAGUCAGCAAACAAACAAACAAACCAACCUUUUGUGGAAUGUAAGCAAUCUAUGAUGUUGAAGUCGGUAGUAAAAUUUACCAUUUGCUAUUGGGAGCAGUGGUAAGCCUGUCAAAAUUUUACAACUGGAUUCUGGGGUGUCCAAUUCAUAUCUUGUACUGUGGUAGGGUGCAGGUUUAAGACAUACUGAUGCUUUUGAGUUGAGCAGAUUUUAAGUGUAUAAUCCUACCUCUGCAAUGCCUAAACCUCAAAGUGCCUGUGAAUACAACUUCUUGAAAAUGCUCUUCACGCCUCUGGUUUUUGUUUGGGGUUUUUUGUUUGUUUUGUUUUUUUUCUUUUCACUUAGAAACAGAACUACUUCUACCUGAGCAGCUUGAUGUACAGCUGCAGUGUAAAUCUCAUGGGAAUCGACAUAUGAGGAAGAGCAACACCUAAGCUUUCGUAACAAUAUUAUCCAUUGUCUAUGUUUUUUACAGUGGGUUUUAGCAUUGAGUUAGUACAAAAUGCUUUAUGGUAUUUUAAUGGUUACUACAUUUGGCCUGAAAGAUACCCAAAUCUUUCAAAUUGUCUUUCUCAGACCAAUACCCUUCUUAUUGGGCAACUCAUGCUGUAGAUGCUGUGCUAACGAACAUUAAAGAUCAAAAUACUCAUGGAAGCCACAGAGCAAAAAGAAAUAAUCUGUAACCUUCUACAUAGGUCUCUCAGUAGAGGAUGGUAAGAGUCCUUGCAUCUGCUCUUUUUCUUACUGGCUUUGGUCCAAUCUAAUUUUUCAUGUCAUGUGUUGAAUGACAAAUUAGAGAAUGGAUAGAGGCUUAAAGUUCAGAAAAGCAACUGGUGUAUAUUUUAGGAGUCUUCCUUAUACUUUUGUGUAGUUUCAAAUAGCCAUUUUGAAUUCCAGUUCUAAUUGUUGAAAUCAAGGAUUACCUGUCUAAAUGAUAGCACAAUUACCUUCAUGUAGCAUUACAACAGCUAUUUAUGGUAGUUACAAUGGUAUUUUGUACAAGAGUGUAAGGCAUGAAUUUCAAUGUUCGUGUUUUGCUACUUGUUACUAGUGUACAUAGAUUUUCAUAUUGGAAAAGGUUUUUCUAAUUUGAACAAUUUAAAUAUCACUAUUCUCUCAAUUCAUGCAUUUAUGUAACAGAAUAUCGUGUCAGCUUAUUUUUCAGGCCAUAUUCUCAUUUUACUUACAAAGAUGUACAUUAAAGUGAAUAGAUUUUGCCACAGAAGUGCUUAAUAUUUCAUUGAUAUAUCAGUUAAUAUACCUGAGAUGCUGCAAUGAACAGUUCUCUGCCAAGUUAAUAUUUGCUAAUCUUUAAAAGUGAUAUUGAAAUAAAUAUUAUUGUUUUUCUUAUUUGAUGUAGCCAUAAUUUUAGUGAGUAUGAUGUGUCAUAACAAAUGUUCUUAUUUCACUUGAGUCUCAGCUCAAACCAAAAUGCCUACUCUGGUUCCAGAAAAAGAAGUGACAUUCAGCAGGUUUAGGUAUCAAAACAAGACUUCUAAUAUUAAAACUUAGCUACUUCUU